CAGACAAGCAAUCCAGCAGAGCACUUUCACUUUGAGCGCAGUGAGGAUACACAGGGUGGCCAGAGGGAGAGAUAGAGAAGAGGAGGCCAGUGUCUCUCCAGCUUUAUCCAUUAACCAGUUUCGAGGGAGAGAGGAGUGGUUCAAAUUAGGCUGUUCAGGAAGAUUCUAGGUCAGUAGUGAGAGGGAGAAAGGGAAAGAGAUAUAGUAAAAGAACAAACAAAAGCUUUCAUAGGAAAAGGCUGCAGCCAUUCAGGCUUAAGUGGGAAAAUCCAAAGUGAGAGAGCAGGAUGGCGUGAGAGGAUAAAUGAGGCAUUUAUUGGAAAGUACCAAAAGGACUCAAAAGGAAGGAAUGUAUAAGGGAUGUCAACAAGAAGACUAAAUUUCAAACGGUGAAGAAGAAGACACAGCAGCGUACUCUGUGUCAAAGACCUCAAGAAACCACCAAGAGGAAACUUUGCCUUUCACAGACUGACACAGAAACCCUUCUGCAGAGUGAUUGCUGUCAACAAGAGAAAUGGAGAAGUGUCCAUUCUUUGAAAGAUAAAAGGAUGUCACUGCCAGUUUUGCUGUUGCUAUCACUGUUGACUGUCCGAUGUGGUGGAUGUGACUUUGACCUGGAAGGUGUGAAAAACAUUAAAACGACCAUAGACUCUAAUCCGACUGGAUUUCGGACAGUAUUUCCUAAAGAUUACUAUGUAGUGCACCGCUACACAAAAAGCAUGCUCUGUGAUACUGAUCCGUGUUGUGUGUUCCCUGCUGCAGUAGUGCUCCUAAAGUCCUGGCAUGUGCUUCUUGGUAACCUCUGGGAUGAACACCUAAAUCACUCCUUUAUCCUUGAUCUAAAGCAGACACUGGAUAAAAUUAUAAAAAAGAACAAAAAUACAGAGAGGUUCCAAGAGGAGACGGACCUAGCCCAAUUCUCCACAUUAUCUUCCUCUCCUGAAGAACUCCUCAAGCUAACGUCAGAACUUUUCACUCGAUGGCUCGUUGUCGGGUGCUUACCUUCGAUUGAAACCUGCACCCUGCCCACUUUGCCCCCCUCUGUUAAGAGGAAGGACUAUGCGCCAUCGAGGGCCAGACUCUUGACCACCCGAGCUAUCAGCAGUGAGGAGGAAGGACAGUCUGACAAGAUGAUAGACAUUACACAGCCUCCGUCCAAUGGUGCUCCUCCAUCACUAUCAUAUUCUGCUUCUGUUUGGAGCCCCUUGCUAUUCAGACUCUACUGGUGGUUGUUGCCUUAGUUACUAAAAAGGAUCUUUUUUUUUCGAUGAUGCACACAAAAUGCAAGACAUUUCCUGGCACUGAAUGUUUGUUUUCUUAUAUUUGUGUCUUUGUGUUUCAAUGCAGCAAGCUUUUUUUAAUAUGAAGUGACAUGCACCGGUUGCACCUAAUGUCCAAAGUUAGUUCACAUAGCUAAAUUCUCUGUGCAACAGUGCUCUGUAACAACUGAUAUAACUAAAUAAACGUAUAGCCAUCCUCUCUAGAGUAAAUCACAAGCUCCAGCUAGCUACGCUCUUCAUGCUAACCAGAGAUACAGUAAAUGCUGAGCAAGCCAAUGCACAUAUAAGCCAUCGUCUAUUGAUGUCGAAUUCAUCACUGUUUACAAUGAAUGUUGUGUAAAUGUAAGAUAUUACAGUCAAUGGGCGUUUACUUUUGUACAUAUUUGUAAAUUAAAGACAUAUAUAUAUAUAUA